UGUGGUGGUAUGUAGACAGCUACAGAAAAUACAAAUGAAAACUCUCUAGGUAGAUAGUGUGGUCUACAACUUAUCAUGACUUCCUUAGAUAUCGUGCGCCAGCUGUUGUUCACAAAUAUGCAGCCCUUGUCUUACCAGACGCCCCUGUCUAUCCUGCCGAUACAGUGUAUAACCAGCCUCCUGUAUGUUGAUUAUGUCGUCUUUUAGCCAUGACUCUGUGAAGCAUAAGAUAUUACAGUUUUGAAUGUCCUGUUGGUAGUUCAAUCUUCCUCGUAAGUCAUCGAUUUUAUUUUCUAAUGAUUGCACGUUAGCUUGUAGAAUGGAAGGCAGUUGGGGUUUAUUUGAUCACCUACGAAUCCUCAGAAGGCAGCCCGACCUCUGCCCCCUUUUUCUCCGUCUUCUCUUCACGCAGAUUACGGGGAUUUGGGCCUGUUCCCGGGAAAGCAGUAUGUCCUUCACGUCGAGCUCGUCGGACUCAUUGAAGGAAAAAAAAGCUUCCAGCUCAUGGUGGCUUGCGACUGACACAUCCCCUUCAGAGAUUUAGCACUGACUGAGUCCCAAGGACCUGGAGGAAGAAACGCCUGACACACCAUUCUCAGCCAUCUCCUCAACCUCUUUGGAGUUAUAGCUAUGUUUGCCUCAGCAACAGAAAACUUUGUGAAGAACGUGGAUUCUGACGGCAACCUGAUACCUGUGUCCUCCCUGAACAACUGUGGCAAGUUGAACCCUCUCUCACUGGUUCUCAAACAAUCCCCGUUCUUCUGGAAAACCAAAUACACGCCUACUAAGUUCACCCUCGAUGAUGUGCUUACCAAAAAUCCACCCUUAAACCCAGCUGUCAAGGAGUCUGACUUUGUGGGCUACGGUGGGACAUUUGGUGACAGCCAAGAUGCCAGCGUAGAUGUGGAGACAAAAUUGGCAGCAUAUGCAGUGGAUUUAAACUUUAACAUGGGGGCAAAACACGCCUCCACACUCAAGUCGUCCCUUGGCAAACUGAAGAAAGAAGAGGUUGACGUUAAGUGGUUACAAAACAUCUCAAAAGACAAGCUUCUGGACAUGUCCCUCUCUCUGAUCCAGGACGCCCGUAAUAAUAGUUCUGUGUUUGGGGUGGUGAUGGAAAGGAUUGUGACGAGUGAGCCGUGCUCGAUAAGAGAAAAAAAGCAUCAGGCUGGAAACGUUGGUGCUGGAGGGAAUGUCACUGGAGUCCCGGUGUCUGUAAAGGGGAAAGUAGAAGUACAUGGAGUCAAAGAUGUGUUCCUGGAGAUUCCUAAAAACACUGUCAUUGCCUACAGCAUUGAGGAGAUCAAGGUCAAACGCGAUGGACACUUUGAGGUGUGCUCCUUUGGAAACGGUGGGUUUGAACCUGCCUGGCAACUUUUUAGAUCAAUCAGAAUGUCCGCGGUCGUGUCGCUCCAAGAGGAAAGCAUUCUUCAUCAAGAACUGGAGAAACUGAGUGGUCAUUUCCAGGUGCUGUCAUCCCUGCCAACAGCCAAACGCUCCUCUCUGCUCCAGCUCCUCAAGACAACCAUGGAGGACAGAGAGGCAGUCAGUGUGCUGGAGAGUGUGCUGGAUCAGAUGUUGGUUGGUGAGACACCGGACAUGGAUGAUCUUAUGGAGGAGACUGAGAAGCAGAUAGUCCAGGCCAUACUGGAACUUUUACACAAGUCUGAUGGAACAAAUGAGGGCCAGACAGACGACGAGUCACCCUCACUGCUCUGUUCCACCAACCUCAUUGAGGGCCAGACAGACGACGAGUCACCCUCACUGCUCUGUUCCACCAACCUCAUUGAGGGCCAGACAGACAACGAGUCACCCUCACUGCUCUGUUCCACCAACCUCAUUGAGGGCCAGACAGACAACGAGUCACCCUCACUGCUCUGUUCCACCAACCUCAUUGAGGGCCAGACAGACGACGAGUCACCCUCACUGCUCUGUUCCACCAACCUCAUUGAGGGCCAGACAGACAACGAGUCACCCUCACUGCUCUGUUCCACCAACCUCAUUGAGGGCCAGACAGACGACGAGUCACCCUCACUGCUCUGUUCCACCAACCUCAUUGAGGGCCAGACAGACGACGAGUCACCCUCACUGCUCUGUUCCACCAACCUCAUUGAGGGCCAGACAGACGACGAGUCACCCUCACUGCUCUGUUCCACCAACCUCAUUGAGGGCCAGACAGACGACGAGUCACCCUCACUGCUCUGUUCCACCAACCUCAUUGAGGGCCAGACGGACAACAAGUCACCCUCACUGCUCUGUUCCACCAACCUCAUUGAGGGCCAGACGGACGACGAGUCACCCUCACUGCUCUGUUCCAUCAACCUCAUUGUCAGUGCCAUGAAUGAAAUGACAGAUGAGGGUCUGUCUGUGUUGGGAUCCUGUUGCAGUCCUCCAGUCUUACAGGCCCUGCAGAUCCUGGUGCAUCACGUGGCAGCAGGGAGUGGAGAGACCCUCUCUCUGAGAGAUGCAGGUCUGGCUGUUCUGACUGAGGAGGAGGUGUUUGGGAGGACAGAGAGUCUCUUUGGUCACUCUGAAGUUACACUGAAGAGAGAGGAGGACACACUGAGGACAGAGAUGAAGGACCAGCCUGGAUACCUUCCUCUAGUCAUGAGUAUCACUGUGAAAGGCCUGGCCUCAUUAGUGUAAGAGGGGAGAGGGAGAGAAAGGGAGAGGGAGAGAGAGAG